GCUAAUAACAACCAGUAGCCAAUUAAGUUUGAAAAAGAUUAUAGUUCGUUAAUAUCAUUUAUCGUACUCUCUUGAACGAAAAAAAGAAUUUAGAUUAUACAGAUUUAAAAUGUCAACAACCUUUCAAAUGCAAGUACAUUCAUCUUUGGCUAAUAAAAUAAAGUACCUAGCUGAAUUAAAAAAAAUGAUUGCUAGACCUCUCACACAGUUGGCUGUAAAAGCUAUUGAACAGGAACACAUUGAGCCUGGUAUUCUGGAGAGAAUUAGUGAAAAAUAUAACGUUCCUCAAGAAAAUGUUGAUGAGUGGUAUGCUGCAAUCUUAACAAUCCUAAGAUUACAUUUACGAUCAACAGCAGGAUCUGUAAAACCCACAGAAUUUAAACAGUGUCUUCAAGAAUUAAAAUUGGCCCCUGAAUGUAUAGAAGAUCUCUCUACUGUUGUGUAUGGACAAAGAAGACCAGUGUUAAUUCAUGGUUUGAUCAAUGAUACCAACUUUUAUCCUAGAUUAAAAUCUUGCAAAUGGCGUGUUGAUAUCACCAUUUCUUCAAGCGUUUUAUCUCGAGUACUUGAACCAAGUAUUCUGAUGGAAUGGACUUUGAAUACCGGAGAACGUCACAUUUUUGAGCUCUCUUUAGCACGAUUUCAUCAACUGAGACAUACAGUUGCAAGUUUACUGUUAGAAAUGCAAUCCAUGGAAAAUUGUGGUCUUCUGAAAAGUGUUCAGACUAGUUAGCAGAGUUUCUGUAUGUACCCUGAACACCUUACUACUACUUAAGUGCCAUGCAAAUAUAAUUCUUCAUUGUGCAAUAGUAUAUAACUUCUAUAGAUUCCUUUAUACCAUAAAAAGUUAUAUCUGAAUGAUUAACAAAGAUCUGUAGUGGUUGGAUAAAUUCUUUUUUAUAUAAA